AUGUAUGGUCUCGGUCCACGGGAUACUGACGAAGAACAAUAUUAUUUCACACCUAUUCGUGUACAAAACAAUCUAACUAGUGAUAUCGUAUCCACAACACUAAUUAAUCAAAAAGCAGAAUCUUAUUAUCCGUCCAUGUUAUUUGAAGACUUAGUGGAAACAAUGACAACUAUCGACGAAUGUGCGGCUUCCUUAUCAACAGAUAAAACUCAUAACACCAGUUAUAUUUUAAAUGACUCAGAACUACCUGGUAUGUUCGUGUCAUUAUCAACCCCCGAUACAGAUAAUCGAAAAAUGGUUCACGAUACAUCCGAUAGUGCCAUAGAUGAUGUACUUUUACAAACAUUUACAGAUUUAGCUUGUUCUUCUUCUCCAGUAACAUCAAUUCACGAUGAACAAUCACAACAACAAUCUUUAUUAAGCGAUUUUUCAUCACCAUCGUUAUUUAAACAAGCGGCACUACCAUCACAUAUAUCCCUCCCUCCACCGCCUGGAUUUCCUCCACUUCAUGCUCUGAACGAACGUGAAUGUCCAAUAAAUAUCGGUCAAAUCAAAUCUAUUUCAUCGUCAGCAUCUUCAUCAUCUUUAUACAUACCGACAACGUCCACUUUAUCAACAGCCGAAGCAAAUCACACAUCAGAUACACUUAGAAGUCAGUUAUUAAUGCCCGUUAGCAAUAAUUCAAUUGAAUAUUUGCCUUCUUCUUCAUCAUCUCAUUCUUUGAAUGAACAAUCAAUUUUUUUUUCAAAUUUAAAUUAUUCAUUAACUGCAACAAGUCAGAUGAACGCUAAUAAUAAUAAUAAUAAUAAUAAUCCUUGUCUUUCAAAUUUUUCAUUAUUAUAUGAUAAUGAGAAUAAUCUACUGUAUCCAUUUCAUAAUGAUAAUAAUGCUAACGAUAAUAAAACACCCCAAUCAAGUAGCACAACUUUAGAAAAAACUGAUCCACGUUCAACAAAUGUUUCGAAAAUGUCACCAAAUGGGGUUGUUAUGCAUGCGCCGUUAGAAUUUCCGACGAAUCAAUCAAAUUCAACAGAAUUGUCUGAACGUUCGUUAACAAAACCAGCAUCGUCUAGGCAGUUAGAUCAACAACAAGAAUCACGAAUUCAAACAGUCUCUUGCUCAUCAACCGCUUCAUCAUCGAGCAAGUCAUCCACAUGUAGCAUCGAUGAGCAGUUAUCAUCAUCGUCAGUAAUAACAUCGCUAUCAGCUAAUAGUCAGAGUCGAAAACAUUUGUUUAAUAACGAACCGUCAUCAAUAUUCCAUUUUCCCGUUCAGAACACGAAUAAUCCAAAUGAUAACAAAAUAACUCAUAAUGGAUUAGAAGAAGAAAAGUGUGAUGCAUUUUACACAAAUCUUUUGCGUUUAUCAGCAACAAUGACUCAACAAGCACCAGUAGACAAUACAUUCUCAGCAAGCAAAACAUCUCACUUCUGGUCUGGAAAUGAUGUAGAAACAAAUGCAGAUAAUGUGCAAAUACAACAACAAUGGAAUGAAAUUCAACAACGUAAUGUGGCAAAUCGUUCAGUAAAACCUUCGGCUCCUUCUGCAAACAUAAACUUACAACGAAAAAUGAGAUUUAUGACUUUGCAGCAGCAACAACAACAACAACAACAACAACAGCAGCAACAACAAAUAUCAUCUAUAAUAACAUUAUCAAAUUCAACACAACCGUCCAUUAUAUCUCCAACAACGACAACGAACAUAAAUGAAUUAUUAGUGAAUUUGAACGAACUGUGCUAUCGUGGAUUUGAUGAAUUAAAUGCGCUUAUACAAGAGCAAAGAUGGGUUCAAAACUAUGUAAGUUUAAAUAUGUUAUCAUUAAUGGAUACUGUUGUGCAGAGAAGUUGCUCUGCACAAGUACUCAUUAUUCCAGAAUAUUUCAUAUUUAAAUGUAAAAAAUUACAAAUUUCGGCCAAUCAUGUUUAUGAAUUAAUGGCUACCGGUAGACCAGAAUUACGUUUGAGAGAUUUGCUAUUUGUAUUCAAAUCGUGGCGGGAAGCAAUUAUUGCUGCUGAACUUGUUCAUCAAGAAGAAGAGGCUAAAUUGAGAGUUACAGAUAAUUAUUACAUGAACGAUACAAUAACUCAAGCAGCAUUUGCACGUGUUUCAUACACAAUUAGACAGUUGACAUCUGUUACUCAGCAAGCUCGUGCAGCAUUUCAGUAUGCUACGUUAAACGUCUUUCAAACAUCCCGACAACAUCAGUUAUCAACCUCAAGCGCAACAACCACCACCUCUUUACCAUCAACAACAACUGCACAACAGAAUGUUUCAGUAAUGUCUGCAAGUCAAUUACAAACAUUACAAAAUUUACAUAUGAAAUUACGGUCUACUGCUCGAAUGACACAAUAA